GUCGUCGAUUAUUCAGCGUGUUCCGAGGCGUAACCUGCUUACAGUGGACUCCUCAGUGGAUGCCGGUGAUGUUUGGGACAAAAAUGGACUCUAUACGUCGAAGCACUCUCAUGCAACCCAUGACCAUAAGUCACGAUGCCACAUCUAUUUCAUAUCGCUUAUCUAGUCCUCCUGUCUUCGAAAACCCGUACUUAUCUACCUGCCUUAGCAGCCCCCCUCACCAGUCUUGUGUACUCUCCUCCAAGAUAUGCCCAGUUUAACUCUGCCGGAAUGUGCACACUACACCCCCCCCUCCAGAAACAAAGGAGGACUGUGAGAGUGUGUCCGAUCAAUGCAAUACAUUUGUCUAACGGCUCUCCGUCUAGUGGAAUUUGCGGACCUUCCCAUCAUCGACCUUUCCAAAGCCCAUACACCCGAAGGACGCGCACAGCUCUAUCCGCAGCUUCGAGAUGCACUACGCACCCAUGGCUUUCUCUACGCCAUCAAUCAUGGUUAUACCCAAGCUCAGCGUGACAGGAUCUUUGACAUAGCUGGUGUUCCUUUCAAUGACGUCUCUCCAGAUGAAAAGAAGACAUACACUGCCGAUGUCGAGAAAGUCGGGUACUAUGCAGGCUAUAAACCUCGUCAAUUCUGGAAAGUCGACACGGAUAAUCAAAUUCUCGAUCAGAUCGAGCACUAUGCAAUAAACCUCAAUGUCGCGAAGCGUCCCCAUCCCACGGUCUUGCGCUCCUUCCUUCCAGAACUCGAUGAUUUUGCUCGCCAUAAUCACUUCAAUAUCCUCCACCCGAUCCUUCGCUUGAUUGCAUUGAGCCUCGAGCUGCCCGAGGAAACUUUGGUGGAAAAACACAACUUUGACCGAACGGGAGAAACCUCUGUCAGGUUCAUGAAAUACUAUAGGCGCUCAAAUGACGAAGAAGAGAAAUCAAAGAAUGUCUGGUUGAAGGGACACACAGACAUUGGCAGCAUCACCAUUCUAUGGAGUCAACCUAUCGGGGGGCUGCAAAUUAUGGCUCCCGACGGGAAAUGGAAAUGGGUCAGACACAUUGACAACGGUUUGGUUAUCAAUACAGGUGACAUGAUGACAUUCUUCACAGGUGGAUACUACAAGCCUACGAUCCACCGUGUCAUCCAGCCCCCCUCGGACCAACGCGCCUACGACCGUCUGGGUGCAUACUACUUCGCGAUGCCAGAUAACGACGUUCGUUUGUUGCCGUGUGCUGAAAGUCCUGUAUUAAGGCGCGUUGGUAUCGAGCGUCAGUGUCUUGAUGAGGAUUCGCCAUUGUGCGAGACAUGGAGAAAGGGAAGGACGACGGCGUACGGGAGGUCUGAUCUUAAGAAGGGGGUGGAACGUGGUGUUGAGGAGGAGGUUAUCGAGGGGAUUGUGGUGAAACAUUAUAAUUGAGUACUGAAGAGCGGCAGAAUGUUCAUGUGUUAUUGUUAUGAUUGGCUGACUUUUUGUAUGGUUUAGUAGCAAUAUAGAUUUCACAGCUGCGUGGACGUCAUUCGCACACGAGGUUCUUUGUCAAAUAUAGCUGUAUGCGCUCCACUGUGCUCUCACGAACAAUUAAUAGGACGGCGGCCAGGUGUGGAGAUGAACAGCGA